GCCACGGCGCCCUCCGGAAGCGUUUCCAACUUUCCAGAAGUUUCUUAGGACAGGCAGGAGGGGGUGGAGUCAGCCAUAUAUAGAUCCAGGGCCCGGGGCCGUGAGCUGAGCAGAGCCUGUCUGAGAGUGUCCUGUCCGUCCCGGAGCAGCCCGGCCCGGCCCAGAAUGAAAAAGGCAGGCAGUGAUCUCCCUCUGAGGCACUUUCAAGCCCUCACAGGUCCUCUGUGGUGUGCACAGCCCACCUCCCAGCCAUGCGCUCUCUCCUCCUGGCCACCUUCUGCCUCUUGGCUGUGGCCCUGGCAGCCGAGGUGAAGAAACCUGUAGAGGCGGCAGCCACUGGUACUAUGGAGAAACUGAGUUCCAAGGCGACCACACUGGCAGAGCGUAGCACAGGCCUGGCCUUCAGCCUCUAUCAGGCUAUGGCCAAAGACCAGGCGGUGGAGAACAUCCUCCUGUCACCCUUGGUAGUGGCCUCGUCCCUGGGUCUUGUGUCACUGGGUGGUAAAGCCACCACAGCCUCCCAGGCGAAGGCCGUGCUGAGCGCAGAGAAGCUGAGGGAUGAGGAGGUGCACACAGGGCUGGGUGAGCUGCUGCGCUCCCUCAGUAACUCCACCGCUCGCAACGUGACCUGGAAACUGGGUAGCCGUCUUUACGGGCCCAGCUCCGUGAGCUUCGCCGAUGACUUCGUGCGCAGCAGUAAGCAGCACUACAACUGUGAGCACUCCAAGAUCAACUUCCGAGACAAGCGCAGCGCCCUGCAGUCCAUCAACGAGUGGGCCUCGCAGACCACCGACGGCAAGCUGCCAGAGGUCACCAAGGAUGUGGAGCGCACGGACGGGGCACUGCUCGUUAAUGCCAUGUUCUUUAAGCCACAUUGGGACGAGAAAUUUCAUCACAAGAUGGUGGACAACCGUGGCUUCAUGGUGACUCGCUCCUAUACCGUGGGUGUUACAAUGAUGCACCGGACAGGCCUCUACAACUACUAUGAUGAUGAGAAGGAGAAGCUGCAGGUCUUGGAGAUGCCUCUGGCUCACAAGCUCUCAAGUCUCAUCAUCAUCAUGCCCCACCACGUGGAGCCACUCGAGCGCCUGGAGAAGCUGCUGACCAAGGAGCAGCUGAAGGCCUGGAUGGGGAAGAUGCAGAAGAAAGCUGUUGCUAUCUCUCUGCCCAAGGGAGCAGUGGAGGUGACCCAUGACCUGCAGAAACAUCUGGCUGGACUCGGCCUGACCGAGGCCAUCGACAAGAACAAGGCCGACUUAUCGCGCAUGUCUGGCAAGAAGGACCUGUACCUGGCCAGUGUGUUCCACGCCACUGCUUUCGAGUGGGACACGGAGGGCAACCCCUUCGACCAAGACAUCUACGGGCGCGAGGAGCUGCGCAGCCCCAAGCUCUUCUAUGCUGAUCACCCCUUCAUUUUCCUCGUGCGAGAUAAUCAGAGUGGCUCCUUGCUCUUCAUUGGGCGCCUGGUCCGGCCCAAGGGAGACAAGAUGCGAGACGAGUUGUAGAGUCCAAAAAUG